AUGGUCGCUGUUAAUGCCAGACUGAGCGCCCUGAAGGAAUCGAUGGAGAAAUCUGUGCAUCUUGGCCUCGGCUGUGCCCCCGAGGGCCUCAGAGAGCUGCCCGAGUUGGGAGGUUUUAGUUCCGGGGGCAACAGGCUCCACUGCUCUGGCUUCCUCUCUAGUGAGCUUGUCAGCACCGUCUCCUCCGUACAUGGCCAGAGGUCCUUCCUCACCCAGCAAACUGCAGAAUGCCUGCUUCCGAUCCAGAAACACGCACGUGAGCUCUGCCAGGGCCGGACAAGCUGUGCUGGGAUUCCAUAUGAGAAUGCCGGGAGCAGAUCCUUGACAGACCUUUCUGGGCCACUUGGCAGCUCGGUUUGCUGUCAGAUGGGCUGA